AUGUCCAAAGAGGAUGUGUAUGAGGUGGUCACCAUCACGGGCGAUGUUCGAGGGGCUGGCACCGAUGCCAAUGUGUUCGUUACUCUCUUUGGAGACUAUGGCAUCACUCCCAAAAUGCAUCUGGCUAGCAAAAACAGGACUGCAUUUGAGAAAAACAAAACUGAUGUUUUCAGAAUAAAAACAAACAAUGUUGGACCCCUAAAAAAGAUAAGGAUUGAGCAUGACAACACAAGUCUGAGUGCCAGCUGGUUCCUCGACCGGGUCAUAGUGACAGAUGUGAGCAGACCCCAGCUCCGCUUCUACUUCCCCUGCAACAACUGGCUGAGCAAGGAGGAAGGAGACAAGUUGUACGUGCGUGACCUCCUGGGCAGCCUGAACCCCAUGGACAUGCCCAAAUAUAACAAAUACAUUGUUAGCGUGUUCACCUCAGAUGUGAAGGGCAGUGGGACAGAUGCGGAUGUUUUCAUUAAUAUCUUUGGCGAGAUUGGAGACACAGGGGAGAGGAGGUUAGACAAUGAUAAGGACAAUUUUGAGAGGGGGACAGAGGACAAGUUCACCAUUGAGGCUCCAAAUAUAGGAAGGAUCCGGAAGAUCACCAUCGGGCACAACAACAAGGGUUCCUCCCCAGGAUGGUUUCUGGAAAAGGUGGUGGUGGAUGACAUGGGGAAUAAGGUUGUGUAUGAAUUUCCAGUGAAUCGCUGGUUUGCCAUGGACGAGGAUGAUGGGAAGAUCCAGAGGGAUAUCCUGGUGGGGGGAAGCCAGCCCACAGGCAUCGUGUACAACAUCCAGGUGGUGACGGGGAAUGUCCGAGGCGCCAGCACCAAGUCUAAAGUCCACUUGCUCAUGCAUGGCACCAAGGGCUUAAAGAAUAGCGGAAAAAUCUUCCUGGAGGGAGGUCGGUUUGAGAGAGGACUCACAGACAUCUUCAAUGUGGAGAUCGCUGCCCUGCUCAGCCCCCUCAGCCGCAUCACAAUUGGUCACGACAACAAUGGCGUCAGCGCCGGGUGGUACUGUGACAAGGUCAUCGUGUACUGCCCUUUCACAGGAAUCGAGCAAACAUUCCCAUGCAGCAAGUGGAUGGACGCAAGCAAGGGGGAUGGCUUGAUUGAGCGAGAGCUCUACGAGAUGGUCUCACUGAGACGGAAACGGCAAAAAAAGCACCCCUGGUCUUUGUGGAUCUGGACGUCUGAUAUCAAAGGAGCAGGGACAGAUGCAGAGGUCAGCCUGCAGAUCUACGGAGAGAAGGGGAAAUCAGAUGAAAUGAAACUCGAUAACAAGUCUGAUAAUUUUGAGCAGGGUCAGCUGGAUAAGUUUAUGAUUGAACUGCCAGAUUUGGGAAAGCUUCUGAAAUUACGCAUUUGGCAUGAAAAGAGGUAUCCUUUUGCUGGGUGGCAUCUAAGCAAGAUCACCCUGAUGAAGACACUGACAAAAGAGAAAUACACUUUUCCGUGCGAGCGCUGGCUGGAUGUCAAUGAGGAUGACAAUGAGGUCAUCAGGGAACUCCCUUCAAUGGGGGAACUUGUUCCAGACCCUUUGCCAUUGAUAAAAUAUCGUAUUACAGUAUAUACUGGGAAUAUCCGUGGCGGUGGAACCGAUGCCACAGUUUUCCUCUGCCUGAUUGGGAGCAAAGGAGACACAGGCGAUCGCAUCCUCAUGAAUUGCAAGAAUAACGUUAAUAAGUUUGAAAAAGGGAAUGCAGAUGAGUUCAUGGUGGAAGCAGUAUCACUGGGCAAGGUGCAGAGGGUGCGCAUUGGGCAUGAUGGCCGGGGCGGGGGCUGUGGCUGGUUCCUGGACAAGGUGGUGGUGAGAGAGGAGGGAAAGCCAGAAAGUGAUGCCAUAGAGUUCCAAUGCAACAGGUGGCUUGACCGAAAUGAGGAUGACGGACAGGUCGUUCAAGAAUUAGUGCCAUUUCAGGAUGGGCAGCGCCUAUACAAUGUCAGCUACCACGUCUCAGUAAAGACAGGCAAUGUGAGGGGAGCCAGUUCUGACUCUAAGGUCUUCAUCAAGCUCUAUGGAGAAAACAAUGACACCAGCAAGACCGUGCUGGUGGUCUCCAACAAUGACCUCCGUAACUACUUUGAAGCUGGGCAGGUUGACAUCUUCACGAUUGAAACUUCAGAUAUUGGGAGAAUCAAUCGUCUCCUCAUUGGACACAACAAUGAAGGCUUACGGUCUGGCUGGUUCUUGGACAGCGUGCAAAUUGCGGUCCCUCUCCACGGUCUGCAAUACAUGUUCCCCUCCCACCGCUGGCUCUGUAAAGAUGAGGCUGAUGGCAAGGUGGAGGUGGAGCUGUACCCCAGCGAGAUCCUACAAAUUGAAAAAUUGAUUAACUAUGAGAUCAUAGUGGUCACUGGCGAUGUCUUUGCAGCCGCCACCGGUGCCAGUGUUUUCAUCCAGAUUUAUGGGGAUCAGGGGAAAACUGAGUUAAUCACCUUAAAAAAUAGGUCAGACAACUUCCUGAGAGGAACAAAAAGGGUGUUCAAGGUUGAGGCAGCCGAUGUGGGGAAAAUCUUCAAAAUACGGGUAGGCCAUGACAACACAGGUAUUGGGUCAGGAUGGUUCUUGGAGUCUGUGACCAUCAAACGCUUGACCCUGAGUGCUGAGUCAAAGCAGGUCAAGAAGGAGGACAAGAAAGACAGGAAGAAGAAGAAAAAGAAGAAGGAUGAAGAAGAUGAGGAGGCUUCAGAGAACCCACAGGACGUUGUGGAGACCUACAGCUUCCUCUGCCAACGCUGGCUUGCCCGGGAUGAGGAGGACGGCGAGGUUGUGGUGGAGUUGCUCCCUGAGGACAAUGAGGAGCUGGAAGAAAACACCUACAGCGUUAGAGUCUUUACUGGAAGUGUGUGGGGAGCAAACACAGAUGCCAACAUUUACAUCAACAUCUAUGGAGAAAAUGGAGACACCGGGGAAAGGGCCUUGAGGAACUCCAACCACCUCAAUAAGUUUGAGACUGGCCAGGUGGACCUGUUCUCCAUCACUGCUGUAGACCUGGGCACCCUGACGAAGCUGCGCAUUCGCCAUGACAACACAUCGCCGCAAAGAGCCUGGUUUCUGGACCGUGUGGAGAUCAUGGACACAAAGGAAGAGAGCACGUACUACUUUCCCUGCAAUCGGUGGCUGGCUGUAGAUGAAGAUGAUGGUCAGAUAGCCAGGGAGCUGGUACCCGUGGAUGAGGCCUUCAUGAAGGGGGGCUCGGAUGAUGAGGAGGAUUCUGGGGCCACACUGGGCCUGGAACAGAAGGCUAUGUCAACAACGUUUUCACUAUGGAUUAAGACAGGAGAUAAGAAAUAUGCAGGAACAGAUGCCAAUGUCUUUGCCAUCCUGUAUGGUACCAAGGAUGACACAGGGAUAAUAAACCUUAAAGCAUGUAAGAGUAACAGGAAUAAGUUUGAGCGGGGGAAGAUUGAUGAGUUUACCGUCGAGGCUGUGGACAUUGGACCGUUGAAGAAGCUGCUCAUCGGUCAUGAUAAUUCAGGAGGUUCCAGCGGAUGGUUCCUGGACUGGGUAGAAAUUGAUGCCCCCUCCCUAGGCGAGAGGCUACGCUUUCCCUGCGGGCGCUGGCUGGACAGGGGUGAGGACGACGGAGCUAUUGUUAGGGUGUUGUACCCUGCAGAGCUGCAGACUGAACUGUACACGCCAUAUGUGCCUUAUGAGAUUAAGAUGUUUACAAGCGAUAUAUUUGGGGCAGGAACGGACGCAAACGUUUUCAUUGUUCUGUAUGGGCGAAAUGGUGUCUGUACCCAGCAGAAGAAUCUAUGUGUCAGUGAAAGAGAGCGGCGCAUGUACUUUGAGAGGGGGGCUGAGGACAUGUUCAUUGUGGAGCUGGAGGAUGUUGGAGAUGUGAUUGAGAAGAUCCGGAUUGGACAUGACAAUAGAGGGAUCAAUGCUGGCUGGCACCUGGAUAGAGUUGAGAUCAGAAGGCUUCUAAGGAAAGGAAAGGGUUCUGAGACGGUCAUCUUCCCAUGUGAGCGCUGGCUGGCCAGGUCAGAGGAUGAUGGCGAGACUGUGAGGGAGCUGGUGCCCUCCAUCAUCGUCCAGAAGAAACUGCUGAGGGAUGGGACACUGAAGGAGACAGAGAUCGAGGUCGAGGACGCACUAGAGAUGCAUACCCACAGGGUGUCCGUGAUGACGGGUGAUGUGUACAAAGCAGGCACUGAUGCCAACGUGUUCCUCACCAUCUACGGUGACCUUGGCGACACUGGUGAGCGAAAGCUCAGCAAGUCUGAAAGCAAUAGGAACAAGUUUGAGAGAGGAUCGGUAAGUACUCGGACGAAAACCACUAUAACAGUGGGUCAUGCCCUUUUCUUCUUUUUUUCCAAGGUGGACAAGUUCACAAUUGAAGCUGUGGAUCUUGGUCAGAUCUUCAAGAUUAAGAUACGUCAUGACAACACCAACAUGUAUGCAGACUGGUAUCUGGACCAAGUAGAGGUGGUUGAUGUGGAAACAGAGGAAGUCUAUCUGUUCCUGUGUGAACGCUGGCUUUCCAAAAAUAAAGAAGACAAGUGCAUUGAAAGGACUUUCUAUGUCAAGGGCUACGAGGGGGAGAGGAACAGCCAGCACAGCUCAAAGAAGACCAUGAAGGUCAGUGUGGACAGCAACAUGAACAAGAAGAGCAAGAAGAAAAAGGACGAAGAGGAGAUCAUAGAGGACAGCCCUGUCAUUCCAUACCAUGUAUCUGUCUCCACUGGCAUGGCCCGGGAUGCCAGCACCACCAGCCAUGUCUACAUCAUUGUGGAGGGGCCAGACCACCUCCAAACAGAUCGGCUUUGGCUUGACCUGCCCCAUGGGAAGAACUGUUUUGUGGCUGGAAGCAUGGACCACUUUCAGACCUAUGGGGCUGAUGUGGGUGAGAUAAAGAAGGUGGAGCUUGGACACGAUGGGGCCACUCCUGAGAGCUGCUGGCUAGUGGAUGAGUUGUCGGUUGCUGUGCCAACUAGAGGGGUCAUGUACAUCUUCCAAUGCAAGUGCUGGCUGGCCAAGGACCGGGGCGAUGGGCUUACGUCACGGGUCUUCAGCGUGCUGGAUGCUGAGAUCAUCACCAUUGUGCGAAAGGUUAUCUAUGAGGCCACAGUGGUCACAGGAGACGUUCAGAAAGCAGGGACCGACACCAAGAUCUACAUCACCGUGUUCGGAGCCAAUGGGAACACUGAUGAGAUCCUGCUCCAGAAAAAUGAGGACAGGUUUGAAAGAGGCCAGGAGGACACAUUCAUGUUGGAGAUUGAUGACAUCGCCCCUCUGAAGAAGAUCAGAGUCCGCACCGAUGGGUCCGGAAGCCGCCCCAAUUGGUUCCUGGAUAAGAUCAUUUUGCGGAACCUGAGCACGGAUGAGGUGUCUGUCUUCAUCUACGAAAACUGGCUGUCGAAGACCAAAGGGCCGAAGAGGACCAAGAUCUGUGAGCUGGCAGCCAUAGUGAAUGAGGAGGAAAUGGUGGAAAGGACAACUUACACCAUCCAGGUCAAGACCAGUGACAUUGCAGGGGCCGGCACAGACGCCAACGUAUUCAUUAACAUGUUCGGUGAGAACGGGGACACAGGCCCCGUUGCCCUGAAGGAAAGCGGCAACACUAACAAGUUUGAGCGCAAGCAGACAGAUGUGUUCCACUUUGCGGACAUCCUCAGUCUAGGCGAGAUGUGCAAAAUACGAAUCUGGCAUGACAACAAAGGUCUUGCUCCAGGGUGGCACUUGGAGUACAUUGAAGUGAGUGACGAAAUAAUGGACAAAACAUAUCGCUUCCCCUGUGACCGGUGGCUGGCAAAGAAUAAAGAUGAUGGGCAGAUCAUGAGAGAGCUAGCUUGUGCCAACAAUGACAUCCUAGACCUCAAUGAGAAGACCAAAUAUGAAAUCGCUGUCACGACGGCCGACGCGGACGGGGCAGCAACCAAGGAAAAUACCUGGAUUGUUCUUGAGGGGAAAAGAGCACGGUCCAAGGAAUUUGUAAUGGAGAAUUCUUCCAAGAAAAAGAGAUUUCUACGUGGUGCGACAGACACAUUUGAGUUCUCCUGCAAAAAUCUGGGGGAAAUUGCCAGUAUCUGCCUUGGGCACACGCCAAAGGACAACAAAAAGGUGAAGACACAGAUGACCUGGCAUGUUAAGGAUGUCACUGUCACAGAGAAGGAGCUGGGAAACAAGUUUAUCUUCCACUGCGACAGAGAGGUGCCUCUUUCAUCCAAAAGGGAUGGGUUUGUGACAGUUGAGUGCACCAAGGCAAUUGAGAGCUUUGCCAGCAAGGUCCGCUCCCUGGUCCCCAUCAAAUAUGAGAUCAUUGUCGUCACGGGCAACGAGAAGGGUGCCGGUACUGAUGCCAACGUUUCAAUCACCAUUUAUGGCUCCAAUGGGGACUCGGGAAAGCGUCCUCUGCGCCAAAAAUACCGGAACCUGUUUGAGCGCGGUCACACCGAUCGCUUUCUGCUGGAGAUGCUGGAUCUAGGUGAGCUGCAGAGGGUCAAGAUGGAGCAUGAUAACUCUGGAGUGAGCCCUGGUUGGUUGCUGGCCCGUGUGGAGCUCACAAACACUGCCAAUGGGGUGACCACCAUCUUCCCAUGUGAGAAGUGGCUAGAUGCCACCAGAUUAGACAAGCAGACUGGAAGAAUGCUCUACCCCAAGUACUGA